GUUAAGCAGGCAGGAAGUAGAAGAAGAAGAAGGUGUAAAAAAGUACGAGGAAGAGAAGCAAGAGGAAGAAGAAGAAGGUGUAAAGGUGUAAAAGUAUACCUGGCAGGUUUAAAAGUACACCUGGCAGGUGUCAGAAGGGAAUACAACUUUGUCUUCUGGCCUGUGACCAACUUUGAGGCAACUCCAGCAGCAGCGUUCUGAACAAGCUGAAGCUGCCUGGGAAGACCUGCAAGGAGACCAUUACAAUAGUCUAGCCUACUGGUAAUAAAGAGCAAUGUUCCUGUACAUCGCGGGGCUGGCGGCCCUGUGGCUUAUGUACAGAUGGUUGAAGGAGUCCAAGCGAGUGUCCAACCAGGGAGACCUUCAUGUCUACAUCACCGGCUGUGACUCUGGCUUUGGUCAGGUCCUGGCCAAGCACCUGGACAAGCUGGGCUUCCGUGUCAUCGCGGGCUGUUACACAGAAAAAGGUGAAGACGAGCUGAAGAAGGUGUCCUCUGACAGACUGACAACGCUACAUGUGGACGUCAGCGACUCGGCCAGUGUGGCAGAAGCCGCAGCUCUUGUAAAGACUGUGGUGGGACAGAAAGGACUGUGGGCCGUGGUCAACAAUGCGGGCGUGUCCGUGCCAUCGGGGCCCACAGAGUGGUUGACUAUUGAGGACUACAAAGAGAUGCUGGCCAUCAAUCUGCUGGGCGUGAUCGACGUCAGCCUGAGCGUGCUGCCCCUGGUCAAGAAGGCCAGAGGCAGAGUGGUCAACGUGGCCAGCGUGUUCGGACGCAUCAGUCCAUUCGGCGGCCCGUACUGCGUGUCCAAGUACGGCGUGGAGGCCUUCAGCGACAGUCUGCGUUUGAACAUGGCGCCCUUUGGAGUCAAGGUGGCAUGCAUCGAGCCCGGCUUCUUCAAAACCAAGGUCAGCGACGUGGAGCUGGUGAACAACAACCUGAAGAAGCUGUGGGCCAGGCUGCCUCAGGACGUCAAGGACGACUAUGGACAAGAGUUCUUGGAAAAGUCGUUGGAAACCACGGACAGAAGUUUUACGAUGCUGACAGACGGCGAUCUGAUGAAGGUGGUAGGCUGCAUGGAGCACGCCAUCGCUGCCAUGCACCCUCGCACUCGCUACUCGCCCGGAUGGGACGCCAAGUUCUUCUGGCUGCCGAUGUCCUACAUGCCGUCCUUCAUGGCAGACAGCCUCUUCAUUAGGUGCCGCCCCAAGCCUAAAGCCUCUCUGUUGUAAUUGUGUUCAAAACUUCAUGCAUCAUGUCUCAUAAUGAUAAACCAAACUUGCCAACCCUCCCCAUUUUACCGGGAGACUCCCGGGUUUCAGUGCCCCUCCCGAAAAUCUCCCAGGGCAACCAUUCUCCCCAAUUACUCCCGAUUUCCACCCGGACAACAAUAUUGGGGGCACUACCUUUAACUUCCUCUACAACCUGUCGUCACGGCCGCGUUUCCAUCAUACAAACGGCGUGCUGGUACACACAUAUAACAUAUGCAGCUUCUACACAGUCAUGAGAAUGCGACGCAUACUUGGUCAACAGCCAUACAGCUCACACUGAGGGUGGCUGCAUAAACAACUUUAACACUGUUACAAAUAUGCACCACACUGUGAAGCCACACCAAACAAGAAUGACAAACACAUUUUGGGAGAUCAUCCGCAUCUUAACACAACAUAAACUACAGAAGAAAUACCCAGAAGCCCUUGCGGCAUUAACUGUUCUGGGACGCUACAACAUACACAUCUCCUGAAUUUGGAGGUCUCAAGGUUGGCAAGUAUGUGGUUUGAAAUACAUCUGUGUCCAAAUUGACUCUGACCAAACAGCUGACUUGUAACAGGUGGGACUUGAGUGUUGCUGCUUCCCAGUUUAAUCUUCAACUCGCUUUUCUUCUUCAUGGACUUUGACUGGGUGAGGAAGAAGAGUGAAAGGAAAGCUUCUCACAACCCAACACAGUCCUCAGCAUUUAUAACUGACACUUUCUUUUUGUGUUGAUAUCAGUUCAGGACACAGAACGUCAAUGUGUACAUUUAGUGUCUCCUCUCCAGGAAUUAAAGUCUUUUUUUUCAGGUG